AUGAGCUCUUCGGUCAACCUUGGGGCGAGCGCAGGCGGCAGUGGCGGUUCAUCAGGCGUGCCGAGUGGGGGCGUUGGAGGUGGCGGCGGUGGGCCGCCGUGCGGUGCGUGCAAGUUCCUGCGGCGCAAGUGCGUGACCGGGUGCAUCUUCGCCCCCUACUUCGACUCGGAGCAGGGCGCGGCACACUUCGCGGCGGUACACAAGGUGUUCGGCGCCGCUAACGUGUCCAAGCUGCUGCUCCAGAUCCCGCCUCACAAGCGCCUGGACGCCGUGGUCACCGUGUGCUAUGAGGCUCAGGCGCGCAUCCGCGACCCCGUCUACGGCUGCGUCUCCCAUGUCUUCGCCCUACAGCAACAGGUGGUGAACCUCCAGACCGAGCUCACGUACCUGCAAGGCCACCUGAGCACAAUGGAGCUCCCAACGCCACCACCUUUUGCUCAACAGAACCAGAUGCCAAUGACUGCCGCAUUCUGUGUUUCGAACCUGCCGUCCGCGUCCAACAAUAUCAUCCCGGCCACCGUCGACGUGUCAACAUUCUUUGAGCCACAGACGCAGCAGUCCCAGUGGUUCUCCCAGCAGCAACAGGUGCAGCAACACCAGCUUAACCAACAGCAGUAUGUCACGGUUGGGGAGGGCCCUGGCACUGGCGUCAGUGGAAGCGGCGCUACAGGAGGUGGAGACCUGCUAUUGCUAGCAAGGGAGAUUCUGGACCGCCAUGGCACAGCAGCAGUUGGCUCGCAGUCGCAGCCAGAGCCGCCGUGCACACAGUGA